AUGGAACUGGGAACUAUACAAACUCUAUAUACUUUUGAAACGGAAUAUAGCGCAGAUUCGGUAGAAUGGUGUCCUCACAAACCACAUCAAAACUUAUUCGUUUGUGCCAAUUAUCAACUAAUAGAAAACGAACAAACAGGUAAUUCCAGUAAAAGAAUAGGAAAGUUACUGGUGUUUCUUUUGGACGCGGACAAUGGCCUGAAGUUGAUACAAAGUAUGAACACUUCUGCAAUACUAGAUCAAAAGUGGUGUCACAAUAAAGUUAAUGAUUCUUCAGUCCUAGCUGUGGCCACUGCUGAUAAUAAAGUAGACAUAUACCAACUUAAUGAACAACCCUUAGAGCUAAAAUUGUUAACUUCUUGUAAUAUAAAUUCAAAUACUCCGGAAAAUUUAAUACUGUCCUUAGACUGGUCAACAGGUAUGUCAAAUUCGGGCAAAUUAGAAAUUGUUUGUAGCGAUUCAAAGGGGAGCCUGCAUAUACUGGAAUUUAAUGAUACUUUGAAUUUAAAGGAGAGUUGGUAUGGGCACGAAUUUGAGGCUUGGAUUGCCGGAUUUUAUUACUACGAUACAAACAUUGUGUUCAGUGGUGGCGAUGAUAGUUUAUUUCUGAAAUUCGACAGAAGGACAGGACUUGAACCUGUUUUCAAAAACAAAAGUCAUGAGGCCGGCGUAACUUCUUUCCACUCAAAUUCAACGAAAGAGUAUCUUGUAGCUAGUGGAAGUUAUGACGAGAAAAUCAGGUUGUGGGAUAUCAGAAAAAUGAAGACAGAAUUGAAUUUGAUCAAAAUGCCAGGAACACUUUGGAGAUUAAAAUGGGAUCCGUUUCAACACGAUAAACUGUUAGCAGCUUGUAUGCUUGGAGGGGUGCAUGUAGUAGAUAUUUCUGCAGAGCAAAGUGAGAUCAUUGGAAGUUAUUAUGAACAUAAAAAUAUCGCUUAUGGAGCGGAUUGGUCAUACCUAGAUAAUGAUGAAUGUGACAAACAUGUGGGAAAAACAGGACAAUGUAUAAUCGGUUCUUGUUCAUUCUAUGACAAAUUGUUAUGCAUAUCAAAAGUAGAUUUUAAUACAUAA